AUGUUCGGAAAUAAAUUACGUUCGUGGAUGGAGUCUGUAAGGCCGAGAAAGAAACAGCAACGUAACAAGGAUAAGCAAAAGAACAUCACUGCUGAGGGUGCUAGCUCAAACCUAUCAAAUAAAUCUGUUUCCGUAUCGUAUUCCACGGAGAAAGAGAUGGGUAAUGUGGAAAGCAAAUCUAUGCAGACUAUAGCGAGUCAAGGAGCUCGGUACUCUGGUGCGAAUUUAUCCUCACCGGAGUCAGCCUACUCCACAGGAUAUUCCACUGAUGGCACUUCACCUGGUGCACCUCCCGAAUAUUACAUUAACAUCAGAACCGGGAUACGAUAUUUCUCUGCAGAGGCUGAUAAACGACAAACGGUCACCGAGGUUAUUGGACACGGAGGUGGCGAGACUCCUAAGCGGCUGCCCGAAGUUCCGACUCCGAGACCAUCGCCUCUUCAACAGAAACAACAACAGUUGACACCUCUACCGCCUCGGGAUAAUUUAUCGUCCCAUGGAGAUUUGGAGCGAGGCCCGCCGACGGCAGUUGUUCAAGUUAACGGGUCCACCCCACCGUCGAUGGAUUUUAUUAGGGGAACAACAAUGGUAAAUGCAUCACGGUUGCCUGAGUCGGGAAUAACAUCACCAAGGCAACGUAAUCGAAUACGAACGAAUCCAUGGGUCCCUGGGAAUAAUUUAAGCCCUGGGAAUAGUUGCGUGGGAUUGCAGGGUCGCCAGGAUUCGAACACCCCGAGGACAAGCUUAGUGAAUAGCCCCGUCGCCGUUAGGUAUUUAAGCCCAACCGUUCCAUGUAGCCCCAUAAACCGCCCGCCGCGAUGCGACUCUCUAUCAUCGUCAUCUUGCUCCUCCUUAAGUGCAGCAAGUUUAAAUUGGGAUGCGAGCUUAGUCCGAGAUGGAUCAUCUCAUCUCAAGAUGUUGGGUCGUAGUCCUCGUGUACUUUCUGCUAGUGAUGAGGAAGAUGAUUGCACUUUGAACGAGAUGAUGGGCAAAUACGAUGAGAGUUAUAUCUACGAAAAGGAAACUGAUAUAUUGAGUGAUAGCGAUCCGACUGAUUGUGAAACCGACAUCGAUACCGGCCAGGAUGGAGGUGACGAAGAUGAUCCGCUGGAAACGGAAUUCGACUUCAUAGAUAAUGGAUCGUUUUUGGAAUUCAACAUCAAUAACGACAAAAAUACUGGUCACUGUACUUACUAUAACUUCGAAGUGCAGAGGCGAUGCUCUCGUCGCAGAACAUCAAGAAGAUCACAGAAAGACUUGAGUCCUAAGAAUAAAACAGAGAAGAGGAGGCGAUCGAUCACUGGUAAGAAGCGUCAGAAGAUUCAUAACUUUAACGAUGGGACGCGCAGUGCUGGCGCUACACCAGUAUCAGCACGCAAGACGAAAACUAAUCAAGUGUCGAAGCUCGCUAUUGAAGAUCGAUUUAGGAAGAGAUCAAACUCCGUCAGCAUACCAAGAGAUCCAGUGCACUUCUUUGAUCAACGCGACAAAGAAGCUGACAAGAAAUAUAAAGAGCUUAUUGUAGAGGCUGAACAUAUUUUGAAAAACAUCAAGACCAACGCUCUUUCACCGAGGAGAUUACCAGGUCCAACCAAUAAGCGCGUGGAACUGCUCAGAACUGAGAACACCAAACCUGAUGCCUUUGUGAAGAACAGAAUAACUGAGGACACCUCUAACCUUCACAUCGCUCGAAUUCCGUCCAACUUCUCUCCGAGAUUCAGUCCGAAACGUAACCACAUCACCAAGUUUAUUAACAACAAUUCACCAAUUCUAUUGAGGAGAGACUUAGACAAAGAUGUACGUGGCACACCGCUACCUCUACGCAGCAAUAAGAAGUCUUCACCUUUAACCAGGAGGCAAUCAAAAACUGAUCUAUCGGCUAGGCGAAGUCCGAAAUAUCGUAAGAAACUGAUCCGCACCAAACAGACUGAUAGCUUAAGCUCCGAUUCCGAGCCUGAAACUCCGAAGCACAAAAGUAAAUACAAUUGUCCUCAAAGUGAACCCGUCAAAAGGAAGAUAUACACCAAUCAAUCUAAGGGAGUCGCCUUUAAUAUACUGCGCGAAUCUUUACCCUAUGAUGACUACAUUAUUAGUGAUAAAAACAAGAGGAAAAGCUGCGAAACGCUUCGUCAACAGGUUUUAUUGAACACCAUUGUUAACUUAAAGAAGAGCCUUGAAGAUCAAUCGGCGUCACUGAAGCAAGCCUACAGGAGUUCGCAGAAUUUACACAGCUAAGUCUGGAAAACAAACGCGGGUUGAAUUUAAUGGUCGUUCUUUGAGUAUUUAAAUGUAAUGAAUGAAACAUUAUUUAAACAUUAUCCGAUUGUAGUAAAUAUAUUUAGAUACCGAAAAAACAUUAGAUAAGAGGUAGUUUCUGCUAACAAUGUAGCUGACUAAUAAUGAAAACAUUAAAGGAUAGCCUAGUUUCAUUAAACAUUAUGUUUUACAGUAAAUUAGUGAAGGAAAAUUGUCGUAGAUAAUUAUAUGGUAGGAUAGAAUAUUUCAUCAGUGUAACUGUAGAUUUUAUAAACAAAAGAAAACAUGUAGUCCCUCCCUUCCCUUUUAGGUUUGUUUAUGCAAUUUUGGCUCAAAGAUAAGUAACAUGUUGGAAUGCACUAGUUCCUAAUGGCUUCGUGUGGUUUCAAGAAUGGCUCAGCUUGGAAUUGUGCGAAGACGACCCACAAUUUUAUUUGUUCGCCUCCGCAGAUUAUGUUUGUUUGAUGGAAAAAGGAAAAUAUCUACAAGUAUGCCCGAAACUAUUUUUAUACGCAAGUUUUUUGAGAAUGGAUGGCUCAUGCCUCCUUCUCGCGCGAUUCUCAAUGGCACAUAGGGCGCACUCGUAUUGUAAAUCAAUUUGAAGAUAAAUGAUUGUCGAAGAACCGUGUACGAGGUACUAAUUUGUUUACCAGGUUUUUGAACUUUUGUUAACUUUUUUACCAACAGGUCUUUUUG